AGAUCACCUGAACGCUCGCAUGUUGUUAUUCCAAUCUGUGGAGAAAAUUGGCACCAGGUCGCCCGAGCUACCUUGAUUCUGUAGAUUUGAACAGCGUAACAGUUUUAAUAAAUAUCGCUGCAUUGUUUUUCUCUUGAACUUGAUUUUCAGUGGAACCUAUCAUAAAGAAUGUGUGGAAUUUAAGUUCUAUAUCCUAGACAACAAGAGAGUGAAGUUAGUUAAUUCAGCAGUUAGGACGAAAUGUCGGAUUAUGAGGAUUUCGAAGAUGAGUUUGUCGGCAGUACAACAGAAACACGGAACUGGCGGGGUAUUGCUAUAGCUCUACUCGUCAUUGUGACAGUAUUUGGACUUAUUAUCGCCGCUAUUGUCCUCAUUACACCAAAGGAAUUUAAUGAAGACCUUGGAGAGAAGUUAACAUUUAAAGAGUUUAUACAACAUAAAUUUGACCCAGUACCUUUCCAGAACGUGUGGAGCUCAGGAGAUUCAUUGAUCUACAGACGCCCCGAUGGUAUGGUAGUGAAAUUUGACUGCGGGAACAAUGAAACGACGGAAGUUAUGGACAACUCCACAUUUAGGGAGCUGGAUACAGAGACGUACAAAGUAUCAGCUGAUGGGAAAUACGUUCUUUUGCCAUACAAUAUCCAAUAUAUUUACAGAUAUUCCUACAUUGCCAAAUAUAGAAUUUAUGAUACAGACAAAAAAUUACAUAUAGAUCUUAUAGGUCCUGUGAUAGAAGGAAGGGCGGUUGAAAGUGAUUUUCAGUAUGUCACGUGGUCGCCCACUGGCCAUAAUCUCAUUGUCGUUGCCCAUAACAAUAUUUAUUAUUUAAAGUCGUGGAAUUCUUUAAAAGAAAUAGAUAGUAGUCAAUAUAUAGAAGUCACAAAUAAUGGCUCAAAAGACGCUAUAUUUCAUGGAGUGCCAGACUGGUUGUAUGAAGAGGAGAUUCUUCUAUCCGACAACGCCAUCUGGUGGAAUCCAGACGCAUCUGGCAUCGUUUAUGCGAGCUUUGAUAAUAGAGAUGUUUCCAGAUACGAUAUGACCAUAUAUGGACCAUUGAAAAAUAAAUAUGUAGAAAAUAGAAGACUGCCAUAUCCAAGGCCGGAUACAAUUAACCCAACUGUGAUGAUAAAAUACUUCGAUUUCAAUACUAAUUCAACCAUUACGUUUAAACCACCGACUGAUUUUGUAGACAUCGAAUAUUACGUUACAUCUGUAACUUGGAAAGAUAAUACGCACGUGCUAGUUACGUGGCUCAAUAGACCUCAGAAUGUUUCCAUCUUAACCAUCUGUGAUAUCGAAACAGCACAGUGUUCCGAUAGUUAUCGGAUUGAAGCAGACAGUGGCUGGCUUGAAUUGGUAAGAAAAAGUGAUGUUCUCAAAGGAAUCUAUUUCGUCGCAUCGGCCGUGUUUUCCUCGACGGGUGAUGAAUAUUUUAUUAUGCUUUCACAAAAAGACGGAGAUCACGGAAGUUUUAAACACGUUGCCAAAAUUGAUGCUAGCUCUAACGACAGGGGUGCGGGCAUGUUUGUGACAUCAGGGAGGUUGGAGGUGAAGAAAAUUCUAGCAUACGACGAUGGCACACAUACAGUAUAUUUCCUUGGCAUUCGGCAAGACGACCCGAGGGAAAAGCAUCUUUACAGUGCAACGACUUUACAAGAAGCCGAUGAUUUCCGACAGCCAACAUGUUUAUCCUGUGAUUUUUCCGAAGAUUGUCUCUUUGUGGAUGCAACGUUUAGUCCGAAAGUCGAGUAUUUUGUAUUGAGCUGUAACGGCCCUGGAGUACCCUACCAUAAUCUUAUGACAACGCCAUUCAAUUUAGUAACAUUAUUGGAUGAUAACGCACUGCUGAGAGAAAACCUUGAAGGGAAAGGAUUACCUAAGAUAGAUUUUGUAGAAAUAACGACAGAAGCCGGCCAUGUUCUGUGGGCAAAGUUGCUGCUUCCACCGAUCCUGAAGAAGGACGAGAUUAUUACAUUUAACAUGAUCAUGAAAGUGUACGGAUCGCCGGGCACGCAGAUGGUGACGCACGAGUAUUCCGUGGACUGGGAACACUACCUAUGUAGUGCGCACGGGUUUAUUAUAGCCUACGUAGAUACACGUGGUUCCGGAGGGCGUGGCGAUGACUGGACACAUUCGCUCUAUAAAAAUCUCGGCACAGUAGAGGUGGAGGACAUCAUUGCAGCCGCAAAGCAUUUCUUGUCACUACAAUAUGUACAUAACCAGGCAACUGUACUUGGUAUUUCACAUGGGGGUUUCCUGUCGGCAUCGGUGAUUGGUAGCAGGGAUAAUGUGUUUAGCUGUGGUGUAGCAGUUGCUCCCGUUACCGACUGGAGAUAUUAUGAUUCAUUCUAUACAGAAAAGUUUAUGGGUUUUCCAACAGCAGCUGAUAACAUUCAAGGAUACAAUAAAGCGAAUGUGUCACAAAAUGCCUCCAACUUCAAGAAAUCUAAAUUUAUGUUAAUACAUGGCACAGGAGAUGACAAUGUACACUUCCAGCAUUCAGCACAACUGAUCCGAGCUUUGACAGAAAAUGAUGUUUAUUUCAAAACACAGAUAUAUACAGACCAACAGCAUUGGUUAAACGGAGGUAAUACACGAAAUCAUUUGUACAACAGCAUGGAGGAUUUCGUCUUCCGGUGCUUUGGGAAAACCCCACCACGUGAAGUACCGGAAGUAGUUAUUGUAGUGGAAGAAGAGUAACUCAUUUAAUGAGAACUAAAUCUCGCGAGACAAUCAAAAGACGGGAGUCUAAACGAAAACCAAUGUGCCAAAUGGUUAUGAUUGUCGUGUGACAAAAGUGCUCUGAUCUAAACAUGCUGUAUUUGACUUUCUGGAAACUUCUACCAAAUAUUCUAUCAUGUUUAUGGGCCAAAAGGUAUUGAGAGAUAGUCAUAGAUAGACUGAAGAGGAUGUUGGCACAAUGGAUAUAUAAAACUACAAGCAGAUAGGACUGUUUUAAAUUAGACAACAGAGCAAAAUCCUGCGAAAUUCGUGCUGUAUUCGUACGAUAUUAUCCCGGGGAAUGGACGAAUUCGGAGAAAAAUCUAUACGAGUAUGCUGUUUUAAGAUAAUAAUGUCAAAACAUUGAAGAAUGUCAUAUCAACAAGAUCUCUUUUGACAUUAAAGUUUACUUUAAAAGAGAUGAUUGACUGUUAUAAUGCAACAGCAAAGUUCUGUGUAUCUAUGUUUCUUGGUAUUACAAAGAGUGGUGCUCAAACGGCUAUUAUUUCAUUUAUAUAAAUUCAAAUCAGAAUUUUCAUGGAUAUCUGAAGUUUCAUGUGUAUUCUCAAUAACGUGUUGAGUUUACAUUAUUGUACAACAUUCAGAGUCGUGUAGCUUUGCCCUGUCAAUCUUGUUUUACUUAUAUACAAAUGUAGUGAGGAAUUGUUCUAAAUGUCGCUUGCUUUUCGUUCAUAGUCGAAAAUGGAUCAUUUUCACUAGCUUUUGUGAGGGCUCGAUAAUUAUACAUAUACCAUAGCAGCAUUAUGUUUCUUUAACAUUAUCUCGAAGAAAUAUUAGAACAACUCUGUUAUGGGACUGUUCCGUAAUAGGGCGUUUCUUACUUUUUUUCUUUUUUCAUACUUGAUGAAUUUAAAUUAUUGAUUUUAUAUCAUUCUAAUCAACAUAAACCGUGUUAACAGGAUCUUUUCAAAUUUUUAAUCUAAAUACUUUUCAAUUCAACAUAACAAACAUAUUCAUUGCUAAUAUCGGCCAUUUUGGACCCCAACGGUUUAGUCCUUCUAAAGUUGGAAACUCAAAAACUAUAAAAAUAAAACUUUCAUGGUAUUUUGAUUAGCAUAAAGCCCAAACUUUAGAAGAUACUGUUCAUAUUUUCAUGCCCGAAAUUUACGAAGAGGGAAUAAUACAUCGGGAUAUUGCUUACGUUUUAAAUAGCUAUUAAAUAAAGAAUAUUACAUAAAUGUCUGUUCAUGUUGAAUUUAUCAAAGGAGUUGAAUAAAAUAAUAAAAUGCGAGGCGCUUGCGAGCAUUCUAUCAUUUUGAUUCAAAAAGUUUAAAACAUCAAAUGUAGAAAGAUACAAGUACAUAUGCUUUCUGUCGCAUGUAAGUUUUUCCUCCAGAAAAACAUCGAAAGUGUAAUACCAAAAUCAUGCAAUUGCUAUUUUUGUUUCCUAUUGAUGAACUCGAACUUUUAAGUUGAUAGCUUUGUGUCGAAAAACUCGUGCAAGUUCUGCAACGGAAAUAUUGUGCGUAGUAUUAAUUCAUGAAAGAACGAGUGCAUUCUUGCUUCAAAUCUAAUAUUGUUUUUAUUACAUUCUCAUCUAGACUUUUUAACUAUUAUAUAUAUUAAAUGGGUUUGUUCUUUAAACUGAGUUAAGUGGAAAAUAUUGCCAUUAAUGAACUUUUUCACGCGACAACACGUGUACAUGAAACUGACGUCAAAAAUAACGUCAGGCACCCGAUAUAAAUUUUGAAUGCCAAUAAAGAAAUGUAUUGACGUAACUUAACGGAGUUUAAAAAUAAAUAUGUAAUCAUGUAAUUUAUCUACAGACAAUGUUCAGUAAGAUGGCUGUGCGUUUUUGUUAAUUGUUUAUGGGUUUUUUGCUAUAUGUAACAAAUUGUGUGAUUCAUGAAUAAAUGUUUACAAUAACGUUUGUUUAAUGUCCAUUAUGGUUGAUAGGUCGAAAAACUGGUGUUUCUGUAGAACUGUAAUGCAAGGUGGAGACUGAACGAAUUUAUAUCAUUAUUGACAGUGUGAUAUUUUUUGUGCACUUGAGAGAAUGGCAAACGAACAAUCUAUAAACCAGGCUUUUCAUCCAUUUUUAAAUUACAGUCAAAUAUGUCUGUAAAGACAACUUAUAUGAGAUGAGAGAAGUGUUUUUGAUGACAGGUGGUCUCUCAACAUAGGUAUUGUAGUAUCAAUGGUUAAGUUUAACUGAAAAUCGUGAUAUUUAUGUAUAGGUUUUGGUUGGCUGUACAUUUCUUGUAAAAAUUUUUUAGCAUUUGCAAAAAUGCACCUUUAGUUAAAAUUGUUCCGUUUUUAUUGUGAAAUCACCUUAUAAGAAUUUGUGCAGUUUCUAAGAAUUUUGAUUUGGGUCUAAUGAAGAUAAGCAAAUUGUAUUGUUGUGUGUACAAAGAAAGUUUUUGUGUUAAAUGAUAUAUUUUUUGGGGGGACGUGUUGUCAUCUAGUAGAAUUGUUCAUUUUACACAUUUUGUGUUUUAGAAGAGAGUGUAUAGGGCCAUUACUGUUUAAUUUAUAACUAAAAAUGGAUUAUAUACCAAACUUAAACAAUCAGUAGUCAAGUCUAAAUUCAGAUGCAAAUUUCAUAUGCAUGUGAAACCCGUGAAAAUAGUCCUAAAAUUGUAUGUGAAAUUGUUUUGUAACUUUGUGAAAUGUAAGUGUUUUACAGUAGAAGUGUUUUAGAUAUGUGACAUUAUAUUUAAUCAUGUUGAGGCAAGUAUACUAAAAAUCCUUGCUGAACACUUUUGUUGAAAUAUAGCCCUGUUCAAGAUGGUUUAAUGGACCUAUUUGUUGAAAUAUAGUUGGGCUCAAGAUGGGUCUUGUAGACCUUUUUCAUAGAAAAAAAAAUGUUAUUAAUUCAGUAUUCAUUUGUAUAUAUGACAAAAACACAUACAUGUUAUAUGUUAAAGUUGUUUUAUUAUGUUACCCGUCAUUUAUAUACAUUCCUUCACAUUUUUGUAUCAAUGUUUAUAACUUUCGCCUAUGUUUUUUGGUAUUGACCUGUUACUCACAGUUAUUGUUCAAGUGAUAAUUAUGAAUCAACCAAAAAAAUGUAUUUAAUUUCA